AUGAUCAGUAGUAGCGAGUCGGCUUCUCAGACGAAUUUGAGACUCUAUCUCGAGGAGCGAAUAGCGCUCAAGAACGAACUUCGUCUUUGGAAAGAUACAGGAAAAAUUCAAGACCGAUUGCUCAAUAUUGGACGAGAUCGAAUGCAAGAAAUCAUCAAGCAACGCCAAGCAAAUAGAUUUCUGAGCAAAAUGUUGGCAGGUUUUAUGCUCAAUCAUUCCAUUGAAUAA